AUGCAUCUCGAAGACAUUGUCACCACGGCGGUGCUGGCUGCCCGGGCGGCCGUGUCAGUGCUCCUCCCGCGACAGGCGCUGGAUACGUCCCCCACGCAGUCUCAGAUGAAGCCCCAUGGCGACCUGGAGCAAUAUCGGAAAUACGUGACGGGCAAUCUCAACGGCACGACGCUCAUCGUGCCCAUCCCCCUGACGCGCGCCCGCGAGAUACUGCCCAAAGAAUACGAGUUCCUCGACGGGGCGGCGUGGCAGAGCAUGUUGCCAGACUUUCCCAGCGAUAAGUAUCCGCUGAUGGUGACGGCGGUGUACGAUCAUGACGUGGGCAGCAAAGGGUACGGCGUCUCGACCAGCGACUUUCAUCGAGCUUCAUUCGAGUUUCCAUUCGUCGACCGACUGGGCGACAGAUACUCGGCAUUUCGCUGGACUGGCACCAUGAUGAUCACGGCGAACCACAUCGCCGUCCGAGGGGCGCGCCUGUACGGCAUCACCGCCAUCCCCUCCCUCUUCGAGCCACUCAAUGAUGCGUACGCCGGCGAAAGCGACGGCGAGGCGACAUUCUACGCCGAGUCCAAGGCCGAACAAGGCAAAAGCAUGCUGUCCAUCAGAAGCUGGCCCCAUCUCCACAACAUACCGUACCCGAUCGAGUUCAUCCGCAACGUCACGAACCAGCCGACGUUUGGGGGCCCGCGGCACUGCGAUCGGUACAUUCGCCUGUUCAACACGUCGCUAACAGAGAAUGACGCGUUUGCGCCGGUGCCGGUCACGGCAGACAUCAAGGCGCAGCUAGCGCCCGUGACAGCGUCUGAGGAUGCCGUCGAGUACAGGGGGGUCUACGGCUGGAGGCUGAGCACAGCCUUUGUCGAGCCAAUACAUCCCUGGAAGUGCGACCAACUUGCCGGCUACGCUGGCACUGGGCCGGGGGAUAGCUCGCCGCCUGGGCCUCCAAAAGAAUUGCGACGAGAGCCGUUCUCGUCGGACGAAAUGCGUUAG